UUGUUAUACAACAAUCACGUCCGUCCUGGUGGCGGCCGUCACGUCAUGGUGCAGCUGAACUGAACUCCGUCGCUCAGGCUCUUGCACUCGUCUUCUCUGUCUAAUGCAACUCAAGCCAUGGCUACUGUGACACACUACAUCUAUUCUCAUUACGACCCUCAGCAGCGCGAGGCACUUGAACGAGCCACCGGCCAGAUCCCAUCAGAGGCAGAGCAGGACGACCCAUGGCAGACCGAGUCAUCGUUCGGAGCUCGACGCAGCCUGGCGAAUGCUCCCCGCUUCGUCCCUGCAAUUGUCUCCUAUGACGAGAUUAAUAACAUGAUGGGUGUUCCCCCGCCUGCCCCAGAAGAUACAGACGACCUCUCUUCCAACGAUGUAAGCAGUUGGUACAAGAGCUUGACUCGGAGUACCAUUACUUCUGCUGAGCUGGCAUGUGUCAAUGCCCCUUCUGUCUCGAGCUCCAAUACGCCGCCUCUGUCUGACUCGCUACCUACGUUGACCCCUGGCCCCAUUGCUCCUGAGCGCAAGCGGGGCCGCCGCACCCAAGAGGACUGGUUCAUUGCCAGGGCGUUGCGCUCCGAGCCUUCUCCCCCCCGGUCGGGGUCCACCGAGACCCUCGCCGACAUACUGUCCAGAGAUCCACCGCCAUUACCCAGAGAGCAGCCUUUCCGGCCGCCCGUCUUCCUCGCGAUUGGGCCGUCGAACAAGGGCUUUGCGAUGCUACAGCAGAGCGGCUGGAGCGAAGGUGAGCCUCUUGGCCCCGGUGUCGUCCGGCGGCAGCGGCAGCCUUCGCACCAAAGACAGGCGCAGAAACGAGCUAAGCAGGAGAAGCGGGUGACGGUCAAACAAGAGGAACACGAGGUCUGGUACGACGAAGACGGGGACAUCAGCGAGAUGCGCACCGUGGACGUCAUUGACCUUACUCUAUCCGAUGAAGAAGAAGAGGACAUCAAGCAAGAGGACGCGUCUUCUGUCCAGCUAACCGAGCCCUCGACUUCGUCGUCCGCCGUCGACAGUGCUAUGUCCUCCCAUAACCCUCGUGCGCUACUCACACCUCUCCCCACUGUCCUAAAGUCGGAUCGCCUUGGUGUCGGCCUCAAGGCCAAGACCGUUGGGCCCUACAGGGCAUCGAGGAAACGCGUCACCCAUAACGAAGCUGCGUUGGCUGCUCAUGUUCGCGCAAACGAAGAGAUGCGUAGGAUGAAGAAGCUGAUGGGGCGGGGGUCCAAGGGGCUCGCCAGGUUAGCGAAGGCCGAGAACGAGCAGAGGCUGCGGGUUCUGGCAAGUCUCAAGGAUGGCUGAAACAUUGGCGAACCAUCAUGGUUGUCGAGUACAAGGACGGUACAGACAUCGCGCUACAUUAGCGGUCGAGUGGGUAUCAGACAUGCAGCCGAUGCUUGCCAUUCCAGCAUACUGCUUCAAAGUGCCUACGGAGUUCUUUUCAAGCGCAAGUGCUGGGAGUGCACAAAGCGUUCUGCCGUCCAAUGUCAAGGGCGUAGAGAUCGGAUUGUAUGUUCAGCUUCAUCCGGUGCAGAGAAGGGGUGUAUUAGAAUAUGGAUACAAGGCUAGGAUGCAUAUGUAUGAUGACGAUUAGAUCGAGAAGCGGUACUA